AAAGCCAACCGACGUGAAAGAAGUUCUCUCUUUCAGGAGGAAAAUAAAACGCAUUUUGGAACAAAUUGUCUGACAGGCGGAGAAACACAACAAGGGAUGGCCUCUGCUAACACUUCCUGGUCUGAGGAGGACUUUUCAUGUUCCAUCUGUCUCGAUGUGUUCAGCAGCCCGGUUACCACACCGUGUGGACACAACUUCUGCAGAACCUGUAUUACAGAGUUCUGGGAUGAACAAGUCAAGUACAAAUGCCCUGUUUGCAACAAGAUUUUCGACACAAAUCCUGAUCCACAGGUCAAUACCCUCUUAUCAGAGCUGGCUAAUCAGUUUAGAAGAACUCUACGAGUUAAAGAGCAGCCUUGUGUUGAACCAGCAGAAGUUCCCUGUGACGUCUGUACUGGGACCCAGCAAAAGGCUGUGAAGUCCUGCCUAGUGUGUUUUAUGUCUUUCUGCCAAACCCACCUGGAGCCACAUCAGAGAUUCGCAGUCCUGAAGAAACAUCGGCUGGUCGAGCCUAUGGACCGUCUGGAAGACAGGAUGUGUAAGAAACAUGACCAACUUCUGGAGCUCUUCUGCCCGACUGAACAGGUGUGUGUGUGUCUGUUCUGCACAGAGACAGACCACAAGUCCCAUCCUGUUGUACCUCUGAUGGAGGAAUAUGAAGUGAAGACGGCCCAGCUGGGGAAGAUAGAGGCUGAAGUUCCGCAGAUGAUCCAGGAGAGGAAACAAAAGAUUAAUGAGAUCAAAGACAGAGUAGAACUGAGCAACAAAGUUGCAGACAGAGAGAUAGCCAUUGGUAGGCAGGUCUUCACUGCUCUGAUAGGCUGUGUUGAAAAGUGCCGGGAUGAAUUCAACCAAACGGUUCAAGAGGAACUGAAAUCCACAGAGAAACAAGCUGAAGACCUCAUCAAAGAGCUGGAGCAGGAAAUAGAAGAUCUGACCAAUAGAUGCUCAGAGGUGAAGCAGCUCUCACACACUAAAGACCACCUCCACUUCCUCCAGACCUUCAGAUCCCUGAAGGAUCCCCCACCCACCAGGGACUGGACCACGGUGGAGGUCCGUCCUCUGUCAUACGUAGGGACCUUGAGGAGAUCACUGGAUCAGCUGGAGGAGACACUGAACAUGGAGAUGAAGAAGCUGUGUGAUGAUGCUGAACUGAAGAGGGUCCAGCAGUAUGAAGUAGAUGUGACUCUGGAUCCUGAUACAGCUCAUCCCCAGCUCAUCCUGUCUGAGGAUGGGAAACAAGUACAUGAUGGAGGUGUGAGGAAGGUACUCCCAGACAACCGAUUUAGACAGUAUACCGAUGUCCUCACGUGGCAGAGCUUCUCCUCAGGGAGAUUUUACUUUGAGGUACAGGUUAAAGACAAGACUUAUUGGUGGUUAGGAGUGGGCAAAGAGUCCAUCGACAGAAUAGGUGGGAGCAAGAGGACCCCUGAGACGGGUUACUGGACUCUUUACUACUACAAGGAUGGGUUUGUAUUUAAUAAUAACCCUCCUGUCCGUCUCCCUCUGAGAGCUGAGCUCCAGAAGGUGGGGUUGUUUGUUGAUUAUGAUGAGGGUGUGGUCUCCUUUUAUGAUGUGGAAGCCAGGGUUCAUAUCUACUCUGCUACUGGCUGCACCUUCAGUCAGCCCCUCUAUCCAUUCCUCUACCCAGGUCCCCGUGAUUAUGGAGGUAACAACUCUGCCCCCCUGAUCAUCUCACCUGUCAAUCAAACAGACUAGGACCUUUGUUUGAUAAUGAAACAAAGAACCAACCAAAACAACUAAUGUUGUUUACUGAAUUAGAAUCUCUACUAUGUGAGAUCUGAGAGAACUGCUUUAAUGUCGUACUGCUGACAUUUAAUGAGAUGUUCUUUAAGAACAUAAUCACAGUUGUUGAAUCAACUCGUUGUAAAUCGUUAGAUUACAAUAUAUCUUAUUCAUGUUUCCUCCUGAUUUUUUUAUACGUUUAAUGCUAUUACAUAGUUACAGUCGCAGUCAUGUAGAAUAUUUUGACUUGAUUAAUUUGCAUAAUAAUGAUCCUAUAACCCCUUACUUAAAAUGUCUAUUGGUUUAACUUCUGAACACUUUUCUGAUUUCUUUUAUUAAAAAGAAAAGGCAAAAAAAUUUAAUGUGUGGGCCUACACUAUCUUUUUAAUUGAUCUUUUCACUGGAAUAGGUAGAAUCCAGUCCCACAGUGUUUUGUAGAAAUACUUUCUCAGUGGGAGUCAAAAAAUGUAUUAGUUUGUUGACAAAAUCUACAUUUUGAUCAUUUUGAGAUUGCUGGAAUGUUUAAAAUCACUGCAAAUUUGUAAACUUCUUUCAUUUUUUAACCAGUAAUUCACUUAAUCUCCACCAUACAACAACCCUUCAUACAUUACACACUUAAACAAAGCUCACAGUGGCUACAUGUAAAGAUUCUCACCAUGUGUGUGAGUACCGUGACUUUGUCUUGUCAGCUUUCCUCUCCUCUCCAUCCUCUUCUCUCUCCAUCCUCUUCUCUCUCCAUCCUCUCUCUCUUAUCUCUGCUCUAGUCUGUAGCUCAGAUUGUGUUCAUUAUUGUCGUACAUUACAUUACUUAUGGUCUAAAUAAGUCUCCAAGUGUGUCGUUAGUCGCCUUUUAGAAAUAAAGGCACUCAUAGGAUCAAAGAUACGUGCACAACUGUUAACGAUCUGUAAUAUUUGGUACUAUUCUUUAGUCAUUCUGUCUAUGAUGUACUUGUAAGUGACUAUUGUUCAGUUAUAUUUGUUGUUAAAGCAUAAUGGUAAUAAACAACUCAGUCCAACCCACUGAAUGUUGUGGUGUGUUCA